GGCUGAAAGUUCACCCAAUGGGUGUUGGCGAUAGUGAAGAGUGGCGUUGUUGUAGUUCCCUGUGUGCGGCAGUGCCCAUGCGUGCGUGGAAGCGACCUGACCGUGGAGUGAUACAAACACGUCCGAGUGAGAGAGCACCGUAAGCACGCUGGCGUUCAUCUGCAGAGGUUAUAAAUACCUCCUCCUCUCUUCUCGAACCCUUUCAAGAUUGCAAUAAUGGGGGAUCGUGAGCAAGAUUACACUUUCAAAGGAGACGGACUCCAAUGUGUUUCCGAUAUUGCUUCUGAGCUACGAAAUGAUUACUAUUAUAAGCUUCAGGAAGUCUUCUUGGGAACAGCAAAUGGAAACAGUCACAGUCUUAUACUAGUUCCGUACAACAAUCAUAUGCUUUUGCAAAUUGGGCUUUUGAAAGAGGAAAACCAAGUUCCUUGGAAGUAUGUACAAGACUGGCUUGAACAGCUGUUCCCAAAAUACAGAUCUGCACGUUUACGGAGUCUGAUUGAAAAGGCAAGCACAAACGUACUUGGGUUAAGUGCAGAAGAGAGAGCAAUGUUUCUAGAGGAAGAAGUUAAUCUAGAGUAUGUUGGUCCGGUGUGUGACAGUCUUGGCAUUAGAAGAACUGAUCUGUUGGAAUGCACUGACCUUUCAGAAAAAAUCCCAUCUGGAGAUCCUGUCACGAAUGCUCUUCUGUUGGAAUGGGACAGCUUUGUUCGAAAAGAGAAGAUUGAUCCAUCGGUUAUAGUGACCUGGUUGAAAAACUUCUACCCCCAGUUUUGCAGUGAUGGCAAUACUCACAAAGCAUACAAAACCCUGCAACUGCAAAUCAAAAAAAUGAAGGUUAAUUAUCGAGUGCAUCAAAAAAGUAAAUACAAAAAAAACAGUCUGUUAAAUCAGUUUCUUCAGGCUGAAUUCAUUUGGCGUCCCAGUGCGUCAGAGGGUGGGGUGAGAGAUGGCAAACUGUGGAAUGGAGGUCUACUCAAGAAGAGGCGUUUUGGCUCAAAGUGGAUUGCAAACAAAAUGCAAUCAAGGAAUGUCAGAAAUUCUGAAAUCACAAGCGGCAUAGCUGAUGAAACUUACAAGCCUCCAAAUCUGCAUGUUAGGGGAGCAGAGUUUGUGUUACAGAAUCAGAGUGAAAUCUUGUCACAUCAAAAAAUGGAACAGAAUCUUAAGAGUCGAUCAGUAUUAGGUCAGUACCCGUAUCUGACAGUCAAGCCCAUUCCACAGUCAAGCCCCUGGGCUUUACAGCCAAAUAGAGCAUACUGUAAUGAUGCGUUUGACCAGCAACCAAGUGUGGAAUCUGAGGAAGCAUUCGAUGUGACUCAUUGUAGUGUAGCUAAAGAGCAGGCCUUGACACUACUGGAUGUUUCUAUCCUUGCUUUUCAAAAGCUAUCAAGUGUGUAUGGCACUGAAACGGAGCUCUCCAAUCAGGUUUUCAAAGAAUUGCUGAGAAAGCACUUUGUCCUAAUGUCUGAUUAUACCAAUGUUAUGAAAACCUUUAAUGAGAGAGUGAAUCUGUGCCAACAAGGUCAACCUGGUAUUGCUUCACCAUUGCACUUUUUAGGCUGCAAUGCCCACUAUCUUCUUGGGCUGAGCCAUGCAGCUGAAAAAGAAAUUGUGUCUUUUGAAAAUGAAAUCUCAGCUGUUACUGGGGAGAAAUUGGGCCGUGACAAGAAUCCGAAGUUUACACAUUUCUUGAACUUUUCCGAGAGUGCUGCUGCGCGUUACAUCCGCAUGGCUUGUGAUGUUUUGAACCCUCGUGGCGAGGAAAAGUUUGGAUGCAGAAAGGAGUGGCUUGCAUUCUGCAAGGCAAAUGGCAAGGCUUCCAAAGUGCCAAGCGGUCGAUCAAAUCGGUUUAAUAACUUCUUUGAAGGAGCUGCUGCUCUCAUUCAUCAUCACAUGGAUAUUGUUGCUUUCUUCUCUGAUGAGCAUGUGUUAAAGAGGCUGAAUGUGAUACAGGAAAGCGUCUGUGAUGAUGUGCAAGAUCCCAUACUGCAAGCUUUUGUUUGUGUUUUUGCGGUCGUCUAUUUUCAAGUCAUAGGUCCCUACUGGCAACUACUGAAAAGCAAUGCAGAAUACCUUGACUUCCACAAAUACAUCCAGCGUCUUCACCAAAAGUUCAGUGAAUGGUCUUUGGAUGCUACACCUCUCCUCCUGCCAGAACUCAGCGAAACAGUUUUCCACCAGUUUCUUCAUCAUGCUGGGAGCUUUGAUGGCUUGUUUUCAUAUUGUAACCCUGACAAUCCAUACUUCACCCUCAUCAAGAAGACACUGGAACAAACCAUGAAAUCAUUUGUUGCCGUGACUGAGAGACAGCUUUAUGAUUUCUUGCCAGGAGGGGUUCACAGUAAAGAGCCCACACCAGAACUUCGUGCAAAAAUGAGAAACUGCCAGCUUGCACAGUUAAUGGGUGAAUACCCCUUUGGACACACUUACACUGACAAGUACAGAAGGCCCAACAAUUCUUUGAAUCAUCAAAGACCCUUGCACAAUCCAUAUCAUCCCUCUGGUCUGACAGGAAGACAAAAGAAGCGUAUGCAAAUGAGCAGCAGAGAGAUAAAUUCAAUGCAGGAAAAACAGCUGCUGGAUAUCACAAACAAGACAAAGAUUAUGGCUGCAGUGGUGAGAAACGGAGGACCUUGCAAAACUAAAAGAGAUGUUGAUUACCUUUUGUCUAGCCUUGAAGGGGCCAAUCACUCACAGAAACGUGAGGCAAUCCGAUUGCAGAUUAGUUACCAGAAAAUUGUUCUUGGCUUAAAAGACAGAAACUUAACCCAUAUAGGGUUUUCUCUGAAAGACAUGGUGGAGAAACUCAAGGCGGUCUUGGCAGAUGAUGAGUGCCCACAGAUCCCUGUUCACGGCAAUAGAACAGCGUUUAGCCACGAUGCCCAAGCAGGACCAAGCAAGCGACCGUGUGAGGUAGUCCCUUCCACUACAAUGGGAAGUGCAGCUCAAGAUCAUGUAGAAGAUUGCCAUUUUGAAAACAUUGACAAACACACCAUGAAAAUGAGUUCUAAAUUGCACAAAAACGAAAUUCAGUCUUUUGUGUUUCUAGAUUGAUGUCCUUGUGAUGCGUUACAUUGACUUAUGUACAUCAGGCAUUUGGAAAUGUUAAAAAGUGCAGUUUCUUCAGAGGAUCAAAAGCAAUUCAUUUCACUAGCUGUGAAAGUUAUGCAGACUGUUACAUACUAUGUACCCUUUGUGCUGUUGAAACUUUUAAGUUUAAAAAAUCUAGCUAAAGGAGAACUUUAGCAAAUUCCAGAAAGCAGUAGUUUUCUUUUUAUGCAUGAAAGCAAAGCCAGUUGUGUUUUCUUCAUAGUGUAUGCAUGAAAACAGGAAUACUCCUAAAAUAUAUUUAGCUCCCUUAUAGUGUAUGUGUGUAGCUUUAUAGUAAACCAGUCUGAGCCGUGUCUGCUGAGGACAUCUGUAGCCUUCCAGUCAUGCAUGACUACUGGAGCCUACUAGAUACAAACAAACCCAUCCACCCCCUCAUCUGAUGCGUCUUGCUUCACAGUUAAAUCUAUUUGUGUUUCUGUAAACAGCAUGUGCAGAAGAAAGUGUUUUUUUUUGUUUGUUUGGUUUUUUUUUGUGUUCCCGGAGCCAGUAUUUCAUGAGAUGCAGUUAAGAAGUAAAUAUCCAGGACUUGUUUGCACACUAACUGUGGGACUUCUGAAAUUAUAUUUAGUCCUAUUACUCACUUUUUAAAGCACUCAUAAUAUUCAUGUACAUGUGUCAGAAAGUAUUAUGUACUGUAGUUAAUACCCACUCUUGGAUGUUCCAAGAGUACCUGCAGUUAGAUUAAUUUUUUUUUUUUAAUUCAACAUUCCCUAUCAAGUAUGAAAUGUAACCAUUACCUCAUGGGUAUUUAUCCCUAAAGACCCAGUAACCUGAGUAGAUAUAACAAAGACUGCUCAACAUAUCCUGUGACGCAGUCAUGCCAGCCCCCGAGGGCAUAAAUAGACUGCACAAACAUAGUCAUUAUUUUUCCUUUCAUCCGACCUCAGCGGGAGAGACUACAAACAGAAGUGUCAGGUAUACUUCUGUCUGCUUAUUCGCUUGUGUAAUUACACAAUGCGAUUUUUAUAUUUUUGUGAUAUUUACGUGAUUAUAGUAACAGCCGUGGUUUUCGUUAAAUCCCUCCGCGGCCUUGUGCACCCCCCCCCCCCCUCGAAGCCGACCACUCCGUCGCCCGUUCCUCGGGAUUGGAUAACCGUAAGUCGGCUACUUGUGUUCUGUCUCAGGCUACUAACUUCCCCAGUAUCAUCUCUUAAGGGGAUGGCUGUCCUCCUCUGAUGGUGCUGUACCGGAGCUGGUGCGCCUGCUUCCCCAGUGCGCAAACCAGCGACAGACUGGCGGCCGAGGCCCCAGCAGUCUCGGAGACUGACCACAGCCGGCUGCUAUGGGCAGAGGGGGUUUUCAUAAUCAGCCAACAAGUUCCGCCAUCAAGCGCACAGGCAAAAGCCUCAGGCUAAGCCUCAAGCCAAGCAGCAGCCCUAACAAUUUGCUGCCACAGGCAUAGGGCCCCUUUCAGGGAGUCACCUGGAGUAUUGGUGUCCAUGCAUCACAAACAACUGGGUGCAUGCUACUGUACAGACUGGCUAUUCUCUGCAAUUCAGACACGGUCCCCUCCCUUUUGGGGCGUGACUACUAUGUUAGUCACAGACCCACGAGACGACGUGGUGUUGUCUCAGGAGGUGACAGCCCUGCUACAAAAGUGGGCUAUUUGCACGGUACGCCCUCUUCAAAUGGAAGAAGGGUUUUUACUCCAGGUACUUCCUGGUGCCCAAGCGAGAUGAUGGCCUCAGACCAGUCCUCGACCUCAGGCAAGUUCGCGGAGGUUCAAGAUGUUGACCAUGCGACAGCUGUUUCAGUCACUAAGGCCAGGUGACUGGUUCACCACAGUGGACUUGAAAGACGCUUAUUUUCAUGUCCCCAAAAGACCAGGGCCCAGGAGGUACCUGCGGUUCACUUUCCAAGGGACAGCGUACGAGUUCCAGGUACUGCCAUUCGGCCUCUCUCUAGCCGCCCGUGCCUUUUUGAAGUGCAUGGAGGCUAUUCUGGCCCCAUUGAGACUCGGAGGCAUCAGAGUGCUCAAUUACCUGGAUGACUGGCUCAUUUGUGCUCGGUCUCCAGUGCAGGCAGUGGCUCCUACGGAACUUAUCACAGACCACCUUCAUCACUUGGGCCUGUCGGUGAAUCGUGCAAAGAGCCAGCUCUCACCCUCACAGACAGCCUCCUAUUUAGGAGUGCUCCUGGACUCCAGGUCUAUGCUGUCCACUCUGUCAGACCACAGUGCAGAGAAUAGCUGUUGAGCUGAAAACGUUUCAGACAAGCAAAAAGCUCAUAGUAGUGACAUUCCAGGCUUCUGGGCUUGAGGGCAGCAGUUUCCCAGAUCCUUCCUUCCUUUGGGCCUCUUGCGCAUGCACCAUCUCCAAGCCUGGUUCAACAGCAGGGUUUUUCAGCCCGCAUUGAAUGGUGACUGCCUGCUGACAAUGUCUCGGAUGCUCUUUCCUGGUGGACACAGUAUGCUCUUAGGGCAGCGUCACCAGAAGGGAGGUCAUCACCACGGACGUGUCCAGUCUCGGCUGGGGUGCAGUGGCAGGGGAGUGCGAGGGAUAUGGAAUCCCCCAUGGCAGGGGCUCCAUAUCAAUAUUUUGGAGCUGUAGGCAGUAUUAUUAGCCUUACAGAAUUUUUUACAGGAGGUUCACGGGAGGCGUGCUUGUCCGGAUGGACAAUACUACCGUGGUGGCUUAUAUAAACCACCAGGGCAGCCUCAGGUCUCCCAGUCUGCAUCAAGUAGCCCACAAGCUGUUGAUCUGGAUGUGCAAUCACCUCCUCUCCCUGUGAGCAGUACACCUGCCGAGGGUGAUAAAUUGGGCAGCGGACCUCCUAUCAAGGGGAGUCCCCAGUGCCUCAGAUUGGAGGCUUCACCAAGAGGUGGUGAGCCUGAUUUGGCAACAGUUUGGGAAAGCACAGAUGGACCUCUUUGCCUCCCAGGAAUCGACCCAUUGUCUCCUCUGGCACACCAGUGGCCGAGGCAGCUGCUGGAUGCCUUUUCGCCACGCUCCCGUUGUGCCUGGAAAAGAUCAGGCAGGACCGGGCUAGGGUGCUAUUAGUAGCCCCUUAUUGGCCCCGGAGACUGGUUUUUCCACCUUGAUGCAGCCAGCCGUGGAGCCUGCCCAAAUGCCUUGACAUUCUCAAGUCAGGCGCGGGGGACAUUGUGGCAUCCCAACCCAUCGAGCCUGCGGCUCUGGGUCUGGUCCCUGAACAGCAACAUUUGAGCUGUGUGGGGUUAUCUAAUAGGGUCAUUGACGCCUUGCAGAAUGCCUGAGCAGCAUCCAUGCGUUCCCAGUAUGGUGCAAGUGGGGCUUUUUUUCAGCUGUGGUGUCUGCCUAAGGGUUUUGACCCCACGACCUCUCCCAUGGCCGUUAUGCUGCAGUUUUCACAGGACCUGUUUGAGGAGAACUCCCUCGACAUCAUAGGUCUAUGUGAUCGACAUUUUGGCUAGCCAUAUUCAAAUUGAUGCAGUCUCCCCAGGAGUGCAUUUCCUGGCGGGGCAGUUUUUGAAAGGAGCUCGGCGGCGUCGGCAGUCUGUAAGGAGAUUGUCCCUCGCUGGAGGCUUAAUGUGGUGCUUGAAGCACGUAUGAAGCCCUCCUUUGAGCCCUUGCUUUCAGCUGAGCUGAAAUACUUAUCUUUGAAAGACACUUUCUUGCUUGCAGUCACAUCCGCUAAGUAGGUGGGUGAGAUACAAGCAUUUUCGAUUUGCAAAACCCUGCUUAAAUGUUUUCAGAAGCCAGGACAAAGGUUACGCUUCGUACCAAUCCUGCUUUUUUGCCGAAAACCAUCAACCAUCUCUGCAUUCCACAUUAACCAGACUGUAGAAUUAGAGGCUUUUCAUCCCCUUCUUUUCCAGUCUGAUAGAGUGGCAGCUCCAUACGCUUUGCCCGGUGCAGGUACUAAUGUAUUAUGUGGACAGAAAAGAGUUUGUCUGUUAUGGAGCUAAGUCACAUGGACACAGUCAAGACUGCCUAUGCGCGAGCCAACUUGCCCCCACCAGAAAAGAUUACUGCCCAUUCCUCCAGGGGCAUGGCAACUUUGUGGGCUUUAUUCCAGGGUGCAUCUAUUAAGGACAGUUGCAAUGCAGCGGUGUGGGCUACUCCUCAUACUUCUACAUUGUUCUAUCGACUGAAUGUCAUGGAUCCACAAAACCCUGGCUUUAGAACGAGAGUGUUAAGGGCAGCUUCAGCGUCGACCCUUACAACAUAAACAUAGAGGCAAGUUCUCCCAGUGCUCCAGAUAAGGGGCAUACCGUCAUAAUUCCCGACAAAACAACAACAAAAAAAAAAAACCUGCCAUUUAUGACUUCCCAAAAAUAUUGAGGAUUUGUUUUACAGUCGUGGAAAAACAAAUCCGACCCCUGCCGCUUUAACGGCAGUACAGGAAUGAAUGAGUGCGUUCUUGUAGAGCAGAUUUCUGAAGUUCAACACAGAUCUGCACAGUUCACACAACAGAACUGCAGAAACAUGCGCUUUGCAACCGCCAAAAGUUUCUAGUGGUGCUGCGGUGCACACACUUAAUGGUUACAAUUCAUUCUCUCCGUCUCACGCGGUAAACACACGUGUCGCACAGAGGCCAAAAUAAGAUGAAGCAGGCAGUUUGCACUUUCUAAACAACGUCACAAAGAAAAUGUCUUAUUUUAAGCGUGCCAGUUGUAAUGUUGAAGAACCUGAAAAUGCUAACCUGGAAUAUAAUGCAUGUGUAUUGUUCAGAGUAAAUUGUAUAAGGUAUAUAAUGGAAGAGUCUAAGGGUGGAUUGCGCAGAUCGAGAUUCAGCCUGGAUCAGGCUCGAUCUCGGAUUUAAUCUUGGAUUGAUAUUUUUUUUCUGUUGUGCAGAUCGAGAUUCAAAUUCAAUCCUAGAUUACAUUCCAAUCCUGGUAGGAGGUGGAUUGAGUAUAGAUUCUUGUGAAGAUGGUCGGUUAUUUUGGAUGGUUAGAUAUCGUGUUCGUGAUUGUAGCAAUCCUUUUAUUGAAUAAUGACCAAGGUUUUAUACAAAGUUUCAGAAUGAGAAAAGAAAGCGUAACGGAGCUGGUUAAUAUAUUAAAACCACAAAUAGUUGGAUACAGAGACAAAAAAGAUCACUUCCUCCACUCAUUAAUCUGCUACUUGAGAUUUCACUGGGUUGUUUCAGAAAGUAAUCAGGUGCAGUACCUGUUUCGUGUCGAUGCGUCAUCUAGUAAUUCACAGGAUCACUGAAGUUAUGUGAGCAAUAUAUUCAUUUUCCAAUGGGAGAACAAGUUACGAGCCAUUGUAUACAGCAGCUGCUAAUGCAGUUUAUCACCAAUUAAAUAAAUAACCAAUAAUUAUUUCACCGAUACAGAUGAAUUUGAACUAUAUAUGUAGUAGCGAAUUAUUGGGUACAUACUGUAGUUUUUUUUUUUUUUAUAUAUAUAUAAACUCAACAUGUUCACCAGUAUGUAUUAGAUUAAGAAAAAAAAAAACAUCAUGUAAGAUAAAAUACAAGUGUACGAUAUUUAUUAUUCUGUAAGUUUAUGUACAGUUACUACUGCUUAUUCCUCUCCCUUUUCAAAGCAGCUAUCUGGUAUGCAGCUUCUGCUUUUUCUUCUUUCAAUGCGUAGAUAUGCAUUUUCAAUGUGUGUCUUUACGAGCCAUCUCCAGAAGGGUGGGGCCUGGGUCAGCUGAUUCACAUCUCCAGAAGGGCGGGGCCUGGGUCAGCUGAUUCACAUCUCCAGAAGGGCGGGGCCUGGGUCAGCUGAUUCACAUCUCCAGAAGGGUGGGGCCUGGGUCAGCUGAUUCACAUCUCCAGAAGGGCGGGGCCUGGGUCAGCUGAUUCACAUCUCCAGAAGGGCGGGGCCUGGGUCAGCUGAUUCACAUCUCCAGAAGGGCGGGGCCUGGGUCAGCUGAUUCACAUCUCCAGAAGGGCGGGGCCUGGGUCAGCUGAUUCACAUCUCCAGAAGGGCGGGGCCUGGGUCAGCUGAUUCACAUCUCAGCUGACAGAGGCAGCAGGGGCCGGGGCAGUAUCAAUCACUCAGCUACCUCAGAAAAUGUUUUGUAAAUAAAUACAUGUUCUAGCAAUUAAUUCAGUUCUUGAUUAUUAUUCUUCUUCAUAACACACAUACAUUAGUUAAUCGGCACAUACACUUGCUAUCAAGGUAAAUAACGUUUGGUUAUCGUUUUAUUUUUUGUAUUCUCUAUAUAAUACUAUCUGUAUAGUUAUCAAAAAUUAAAUUUGAUUAAAAUGUUUUUAUUAAAGAAAGAAAACGCACAGGUUUUUGUCGUUGCCAUGGUUAUGCUCUGAUUACCACGUCAUGAGACAGUGUUUCGUAAUCAAGUAGCGUCACAGACAAUCUGAAUCCAGGAUUAACGGGUGAAUUUUAGAUUCAAUCUCGGAUCUACAGAUCCACCACCAGUCUUUGGUCUGCGCAACAGAAAUGAAUCCAGGAUCCAAUCUUGGAUUAGUCAAUCCUAGAUUGGGAUGAAUCUUGAUCUCGAUGUGUGCAGUCCACCCUAAAGAAAUGCAGAUUUUGCCAGUACACAACCAUGUAUGAUAAGAAAGUAAUGGAAUUGUUACACUACUAGCCUAUACCACACACUCCAUUAAAAAAAUAAUAAUAAUAAUAAUAAUUUGUGCCUCCCUUGUACAACUGUAAUGGGCUAUACCUUUUUAUUUGAGAAGGGAAACCUGAAAACGUAUGGUGUUUUAUUUUCCAAUGAAAAUCACUACAGGGCUAUACAAAUUUAUCCUGAUAUUUUCUGUUUUAGUGCAAUGUUUUAUAUUGCAAAACCCCUACAAAAGUUUCAAAAUAAACAAACUAAGUACAUUUUGUUAUGAUGUAUGAUGAUUAUUUAUUUCUUACAGUCGUAAACAAAAAAUACAUUUCAAGAAUUACAGUACAAGUAUUAACUAAAUUAAGUAUUUAGUAUGUUACAUAAGUGUACAAUAUAUCUGUUUAUAGUAAUUUAAGGUACACAGUAAAAACAGGGUGUAAAGCCCCUUAAGGAUUCUAUACCAGUAGAGACUAAAGUGUAUUCAAAAGACUACAAAAAUAUAAAAUUUUAUUAUCACAAAACUGUACUGCUGCAGUUUAUGGGAAAUUUAAAAUUACUCCUGCUGACAAGAUUCUGGGAGUGAUUUACUGCUGACAGAAAAAAAUGAUCUGGAGCAUUGUUCUCCCUCAGAUUUUUUAGCCUUAGCAACUUGUACUGGGGUUCCUAUGGUAACGUGCAAGGUGGCAGUUGGCUUAGCCUUGUGCCUUUCCAGUUGGUCUGCAAUAUUGCCCUUGUGACAGCUUUGGUAUUCGUACCCAUGAGGUAAGGGUUGCAUUUCGUACUUGAAAGGGAACGUUAGGUUAUUAUCAGAACUCUGGUUCCCUGAAAUAGAUAUGUAACCAUUAAACUUCAAGGUUGCUGCAGUCUUGAAGGAAAAGUGAUGACAAUGUCUAUUUAUGCCCUCGAGGGCAGGCAUGACUGUGGCACAGGCUCUAUCUAUUGAUGUUACAUGGUCUUUAGGGAUAAAUAUCCAUGAGGUAAUGGUUACAUUUCUAUUUCAGGGAACCAGGGUUAUGAUAAUAACCUAACGUUUUCAACAUGUGCCUUUUUAAUAAAACAGGUUCUUAACGAGACUUGACAUUUGAGGUGUAGUUUACAGUACCUUAGCUGGAAAUCAUGUACUUUUAUAUGACAGUUUAAUUGUAAAUAAAAUCCACAUUACACGCCAACAGAUUGUGCAUGUUUUUUUUUUCUGCUGCUAACCUGUGGGGUCUGAAUGAGGGAAUGCUGUGUUUUGUUCAAAAAAAGAGCAAGCGAUCUUCUUAUCUUCUGAAUGAUUUGACAGAAGGACAGAAGACUACAGUACGUUUACUUUUGGGCUACAAAUUCAAUGUGUAAACUGCAUUACAUUAACUAACUUGUUUUUAAAAUACAAUUAUGUAGGCUAUAUGACUAAAUUGGUCAAUUGCAACAAACUUUAGAAUUUAGUCCUUUGUUCUGUACUAAGUUGAGUACCAGCUAUUUGUGGAUCAUCCCCAGCUCUGUACUAUCUUAGUACUAAUUGCAGUGCUUGGAACAAAGUUCUGGAUCAGCUGAUUCCCAGCUUCAGUACAGCCCUCGGGGUUAAACUGAUCAUUUCUACAUUGUGUAUGGAUAGUGGCAAUGAGUGGGGUUAGGGAAAGGAGAGUAAGAAGGGUGCUACAUUCUUGUACCGCACAUUUGAACUAUCAUUUUAAAACCCUCUUAGGUGUUUUUAUUUGUGUAUAAUUUAAAUACAUUUAUGUGAAGAUUUAAUAAGCACAUUUUACAAUACAUUUUCAAAUAAAACAUUUUUUAAAAGAUAAGUUACACAGUGUGUGUGUGUGUGUGUGUAUAUAUGAGAGAAUAAUAGAUGGGAUUCAGCGAGUUACAAGAAAAUAAUUUAAUCUAGGGUUUGUGACGUCGUAAACUACAAGACCAUUAGGUCGAGUAGUUUAUAAACUGUCACAGAAACCCAAGAUGGAAUUAUUUUCCUACAACCCACUGAAGCACAUCUAUUAUUUUUUUAUAAUACAUGGAUAUUAGUAUCUGUAAUAUCAGACAAUAAACAGGUGUUAAGGUUCAAAUUGCAAGUGAAUAAUAAUGUAUAUUAAGUCAAUAUUAAAGAAUAUUAAAUCUAAUUAUUUUUGAUAAUUCAGGAACGGUGAAUUAAACUGGGUAGAUAAUGAACUGCAAAAAUCAUUUUAUGGAAAAUGUGUUGUGUUUUAUUUGUGUUUUCUUAGUCGCUGUCAGUUGAAGGUUAUUUAUCGCUUGGUUGGUGCUCCGUUUGGUGGAGGGUGAUUGUAAAUCUUCACAGCGACAGAUUUGUUAAGUGCCUAAAAACCACAUUGUUGGUGUUGUCGAGUGAUUUUAAAACAAGACAUUUUGUUUGAAAGUGGUCUUGGGGUGCACAGGAGUCCAAAUAUGGGUCAAAGGUCAAGUGUAAUCUUGUAGACGAAUAUGACAUUUUGACGUCACUACUGCGGUAUUUUGCCUUUUUUUCGAAUGGCUCAGGAUGCAAAUCCAGCCUUCAUCCAUGUAUUUUUAUAUAUACUGAUGCGCAAUGAAAAUGCAACAGUCUAAAUUUUACAUCAAUAGCUCAUUGGGCACAUACAGAAUGUUGAGCAGAUAGGUUUGUUGAUUGAUUAAGUAGUAUUGUUCCUUGGGAUAACAAAAUACUGUGCUCAAGUCAUGUGAUUUCAUAAAAAUGCCAGGUGCUCAGUCUUUGGUAUUUGAGUUGAGUUAAAAUUGCCAAAAUGAGUUGAUAAAAAAUCUGUAUAAAUAGCCAUUUUAAAAGACAUUAUUUUAAUUAAUGCAAGAACAGCGACAGAUUCGACCAUGCCCUGCUUGAGUAAUGAAGAUCGCCUGGUUGCUAUCGGCGUGAUUUGAAGGCGACCUGUCUGUGAGAAGUUUCCUGGAGAAUGAGGUGUUCUGCUUCAACAAUGAGCAGACUACUCCAGAGAAACCAGGAAACUGGCUUUGUGAGGUACAGGCCAUGUCCUGGAAGGCAGAGGGUCACCACACCGGCCCAGGACCGUCACAUCUGACUGAGCCAUCUGCGUAAUCAUUUUCAGACUGCAGUGGCUACAACAUGAGAAAUUCCAAGAAGAAAUAACCCGCACAUCAGCAGAAUGACUGUAGCUUGCCGUCUGCAUGAAAAUGAUUUGCAUGCUUGGAGGCCGUUCAGCAGAGAGACGAAAUCUCUGUCUUCUGUGGGCCACAGAACAUCUGAGGUGGUGGCAGAGAGAGUGGUGGAGUGUUUUAUUCACUGAGGAAUGCCGUUUUGCCCUUGACAGACCUGACAGAAGACAACAUGUGUGGAGACGUUGUGGUGAGCGUUAUGCUGACACGUUGUUCAAGCCAACCGGUGAGGCGGUGGAAGUGUGACGUUGUGGGGAGGAAUCCCCUUUAACUCAAAAACUCCUUUGGUGCAGAUUUCAGGGCAACCUUACUGCUCGCAGAUAUGUUGAUGAAGUCCUUGAGGUAAGUUUCCAUUCCUGCAAGCCAAUCCGGAAGUGUCGAUCUUCCAGCAGGACAAUGCAAGACCACACCGUGCUAGGAUUACAAUUGCACGACUUCAAGAAAACAAUGUCAAGGUCUUGCCGUGGCCAGCUUUUCCUCCUGACCUGAGUCCAAUAGAACAUCUGUGGGACCAAAGCGCCAGUGCCAUCCACAGGAGACAACCGAGAGCCAACCUUCACCAGCUGGCUGCAGCUGCACAGGAAGAGCGGUGGAGCAUCCCACAGCAGUCUGUCCAGAGGCUGAUCAGGUCUAUGCGUCAACGCUGCCAGGACUGUGUUACUGCUCAGGGAGGUCAUACCCAAUACUAACUUUGAAAUGUUUUCACUUUGACAGUGUCUCAAGUUUCAUAGUGAAAACUUAGCAUGAUUAUUUGAUCUAUAUUUUUGUUAACAUUUUCUGUGAUUUUGUUUGAUAUCUGUGUUUAAAAUAUUUGAUUAAAUCCAUUAGACCUGA